ACUGUCAUGUUUACCUUUUUGUUGACAAAAUUUCCCAUAUGAUUAUGGUGCAAUUACUCUGAUUAAUUUAUAUUUCCGCGCAACAUUCAUGAAAGUGUAUAGCUUUACCACCUGCCUUGAUCUCGAUUAAGAGGAAAAUGUCUUCAAGCUCUGUAGAAGACAUUCCGGAGCAGUGUAAGGAUCUGUUUACGCAAGAUGGCGUGCUCCUCAAGGCGUGCAUGGGCCGUCCGAUCACAGACCUCAACUCGAUUGGCAUGCUGUGCGUGGUGGUCAACCCCAACGGCAGCAAGUGCAUCGAGUGGCGGCCCAACGACCUCAUCACCAUCGACUCCGACACGCAGGAUCAGGAGUGGGCCGUGGUCAACACUAUAGGUCGAAGACAGCGCACUCUCAGCGGUAACAUCACUUCCGACUACGCAAACGCUCGCUCCCGGAUCAUAAAAAUAGCCCUCGACGACCUGAAAACCUUCAGAGUCACUCGCAACAGCCAGCAGAUGCAGUUCUCCACCAAACCUGGCAUUUGGCAGACCACUUUUUACUUCCAACAUGGGAACGCAGAAAUAUUCGUCGCGAAUUUGAAGAACCACAUUAAAACAGCAAAGACAAGACAUGACAGAAACACAUAUGUAGUAAUCGAGCCAAAUGUGGAGACGCAAGUGCUGAAUAAGAGUUUUGCAGAACUAGACAUCUUCACGGAGAACACUACAGAUGUUGUGUGGAAUCUGGUGUCGAAUUUCAAGCAGAGGCCUUAUGAGACCACUAUGACUGCGUUUUCUAAGCUUACGGAUAUUGGAUCGAAUCCACAACAAGGUUGCUCUACAGUUGACCUCGAGAAAUUUUAUUAUGGCAACGAGGCUAACGGCAAACGCGAUGUGUCCGAAGAGGUGGCAGACUUGCUCACAAAGAGCAUGAGUGCGCUGGAAGAUACCACCACGGUCACUAAGUCCGAUGAGUACGAAGUCAUCAGCGUCAAACCAACGCUGCCGCCGAGACCUAUCAUACCUAGAGGAACUCCGCUAUCCACUGAGAAAUGGGAAGGUCUGCAGGACACGGAAGGCAGGGUCACAGAGGUCGACGGAGUCAAACAGCUCAUCUUUAGAGGGGGUGUGGCCCACUCGAUACGUCAGUCGGUCUGGAAGUAUUUACUAGACUACACCCCCUGGCACAUGACGCACGCAGAAAUACGAUCCUUACAACGCAAACGCACAGAGGAAUAUUUCUCCAUGAAACUCCAAUGGCGCUCCAUGACCGAAGGCCAAGAGUCCAGGUUCUCGGAGUACAGAGACAGAAAGAGUCUAGUGGAGAAAGAUGUUGCAAGGACAGACCGGACCCAUCCGUUUUUCGCGGGUGACAAUAACCCCAAUCUGGCGGUGCUGCAGGAUAUUCUGAUGACAUAUGUCAUGUACAACUUUGACCUCGGCUACGUGCAAGGCAUGAGCGAUAUUUUGGCACCGUUGCUGCUUCUUUUGGGGAAUGAGGUGGACAGUUUUUGGUGCUUCGUUGGCUUCAUGGAAAGAAUUGUAAGUAACUUCGACAUGGCCCAGGCGGGCAAGAAGCAGCAGCUCCGGCAGCUGCAGCAGCUGCUGACGUUCUGCAGCCCGGAGCUGGCGCAGCACCUGGCGCAGAAGGACUCCGGCAACAUGUACUUCUGCUUCCGCUGGCUCCUGGUCUGGUUCAAGCGAGAAUUCUCCUUCAGGGACAUUAUGAGGCUAUGGGAAGUCCUGUGGACGGGGUUGCCGUGUGCCAACUUCCAUCUGCUCAUUUGUGUAGCUAUACUCGACGCCGAAAAGGACACGAUAAUCAACAACAACUAUGGUUUCACUGAAAUAUUGAAGCACGUAAACGACCUAUCGAUGUGCCUGGACGUCGACAAAAUACUAAGCACAGGCGAGGGCAUGUACCACCAAAUAAUAUCAGCGCACCACCUAACAGACCAAGUCAGGAUCAUACUCGGAAUGACCCCUCUGAACGUAUCCGUGUCAACGAAUUCUGACGACGAGCCUACGACGAGCGGAGCUAACGGUAUGGAGAAAUGUGAGAAUGCCGGGGACCCUCUCUUUACCCCAGGGAUGGAUGAAGUUAUGUAUCAAAUAGGAUUAGACAUGAAUUUUUGAGCACGCGGAACUCGAAUAUAACGGAUUAAAAAUAUCUGUCGUAACCACCAGCGUCUGGGCCUUACUUGCCUAAACCACGAAAUCAUAAAACUACAGAGACUGGUGAAAGUGAUAAUUUUUCUAUUUUUAUAAAGUACUCGUGGUACUCUUUAAAAUAAAAACAGCUGUCCAUAA